GUGCGGCUCCAGUCAACCCCAGAAAGAAUCCUAGGAGAAGCCGGAAGCACUCGGAAGUCACGUGCUCCCCGGACUACGAGAGUGAUUGGCUUGGAAGGACGUGAAUGAUGUUGCUGUGAUUGCUGAAUUGUCUCCUCAGGUAAAAAGAGAACGCGGUUUUUCUUUUUCCUUCUGGGAUGGUUCGCUUGGUCCUCCAGCCCUUGCACGCUGACCGUCGGCCGCAGGAAUGAAAAACGCUCGCGGUAUUGUACACAAAGUGCACCUGCCCUCUUCCGAUGCAAGUAAUGCAGGAGAUGCUCUCUUGCGUGAAUUUCGCGGCAGUCAGGGUCUGGAGUCUCUCAUAAACCCCCCUGACCCGUGCAUCCAUCUGGAGAAGAGGAGGGGGAGGCCUGCUUUCCCUGCAAUCUGGUGGUCACAUCCCCAUCAGGACCCCUGAAUGCCCGCCUUCGGUGUCAUCAGCAUGGAGCUCUGAGGUCCAUGUGGCUCCUCAGAGUGAACAAGGUGACGUGUCUCCAUGAGAACUCGCAUCUUCGUCACCUCUUUAUUCAACGUCUUAAGGAAAAUGCAGAGACGCCACAGCAGUAACACGGAUAACGUUCCUCCUGAAAGAAACCGCAGCCAAGCACUCAGCUCCGAGGCCAGCGUGGAUGAAGGGGGCGUCUUUGAGAGUCUGAAGGCGGAAGCGGCCUCCCCACCCGUGCUGUUCUCCAGCCUCUCCGGCCUCCCGGCUAGCAGCCUUCCUGCCACCCCAUUCCCACCCAGCCUGGUGCUGGGGGCCUCCGCCAGUGGAGGGGACGUGUUCAUCCAGAUGCCGGCGUCCAGGGAGGAGGGCGGAGGCCGGGGCGAGGGGAGCACCUACCACCACCGCCAGCCGCACCACCACUUCCACCACGGCGGCCACCGUGGGAGCUCGCUGCUGCAGCACGUGGGCGGGGACCACCGAGCGCACUCAGACAACGGGGGCGACGAGCAGCCGGGCACCCCCGCCCCCGCCCUGUCCGAGCUGAAGGCCGUGGUCUGCUGGCUCCAGAAAGGGCUGCCCUUCAUCCUGAUCCUCCUGGCCAAGCUGUGCUUCCAGCAUAAGCUCGGCAUUGCCGUGUGCAUUGGGAUGGCCACCACCUUCGCCUACGCCAACUCCACGCUCCGGGAACAGGUUUCUCUGAAGGAGAAGAGGUCGGUGCUGGCCAUCUUGUGGAUCCUGGCCUUCCUGGCGGGAAACACCCUGUACGUGCUCUAUACGUUUAAUUCCCAGCAGCUGUACAACAGCCUCAUAUUUCUGAAGCCCAACCUGGAGACCCUGGACUUCUUCGACCUACUGUGGAUCGUGGGGAUCGUAGACUUCGUGCUGAAGUACAUCACUAUCGCCCUCAAGUGCCUCGUUGUGGCCCUGCCCAAGAUCAUCCUGGCCGUCAAGUCCAAGGGAAAGUUCUAUCUGGUCAUUGAGGAGUUGAGCCAGCUGUUCCGCUCACUUGUCCCCAUCCAGCUGUGGUACAAAUACAUCAUGGGUGACGACUCCUCCAACAGCUACUUUCUGGGCGGGGUCCUCAUGAUCCUCUAUAGCCUCUGCAAGUCCUUUGACAUCUGCGGCCGCGUGGGUGGAGUUAGGAAGGCCCUGAAGCUGCUCUGCACCUCUCAGAACUAUGGAGUCCGGGCCACUGGGCAGCAGUGCACAGAAGCUGGCGACAUCUGUGCCAUCUGCCAGGCUGAGUUCCGGGAGCCCCUGAUCCUGAUGUGCCAGCACGUGUUCUGCGAGGAGUGCCUCUGCCUCUGGCUGGACCGCGAGCGCACCUGCCCGCUCUGCCGCUCCAUCGCCGUGGACACCCUGCGCUGCUGGAAGGACGGGGCCACUUCGGCACACUUCCAGGUGUACUAGGGCUGGAGUUCCGGCACACGCAGGGCGAUGGCACGGGCUCAGUGUCGUUGGGCCCAGCUCUGGGGACUCCCUGGAACACAGGCCGCGAGCACAUACUGUCCUGCCUCCUGCCUCUUUCCACCUCUUCCCCUAAAGCCCCUGUCCUCCCCACCUUCGCCCUCAUCUCCUGUUCUGUGGCAUGGUGCGUGUGUCCUUCCCUGCAAAUGCAGAAGCGUCCCAACCCAGGCUCGCUCUCUGCCCAGGUAGGUCUGCCCCCUGCCCCUACUCCAAGUCAAGGAAGCUGGAACAAAGUCCCGCCUGUUGAGUAUUUUGACUCUAGGCAGCCAAAUACCUGAUGCUGCAAACUGGGGAGGGGCCUGCAGAUCCCCGCCUCCCCUCCCCCGAUGGCCCAGGUCUAUGGGUGAGGAUCACUGUGAAGUCUUUUGCAGGCAGGACAUCGAGCAUCCUGCCUAGAGGACCACCUUGGACCCUUGCAACAGCUCUGGGGUGGAGGGACUGUUGUUUCCCCCGUUGCACAGCUGCAGAAGCACAGAGCUCCACGUGGCCACUAGGCCAGGGCCACCCCGCUCGCCGUGGUGGGCUGAGUUGCCAGCCCAGGCCUGUCUGGCCUCAGAACCUGCGCUCCUAACCACUGUGCUGACCCGCCACUCAGGCGCUGCAGGUGUGGGGCCUGGCAGACGUGGUUUUUUAAAAGCACGAGAGGCGAUCUUGAGGCCCCCAGUGGCCCAGGCGCAUAGCAUAUUUAAUUUGGACUGGUCGAGAAUGCUAAUGGCGAAUGCUGCCUCCGGAAGUCAGGUUGUGGCUGGGACCCAGGAAAGACUUGUCCAGAAAUUGCUUUUUGCCCGAGCUCUGGGCCGGGAUGCUGAAUCAUGUCUGAGUAGCAAGAGAGGCCAGCUUUGGUCCAGAUGUGGAUAGCGCUGGGUCUGCACACCCGUCUGGGUUUCUUUUCCCCUCCUGUUUUUGUCCCCUCCUUCCCUUAAGCCUCAGAGUGGUCAACAGCCCCCAUGGACAUGACCUCCCCCCUGGUAGCCUUCAGACCUGAAAGGGACAAUCCAGGUGAGGGAUUGGCUCACGAGCCAGGGAGGUGGCAAAGAACGUAGUAGCAAUCAGUGUCCCUGUGAGCUCUCCUUCAGAGCCACUGAUCUCUGCAGCAGAACCACCUCCCUCCCUGCUCUGAGAUCUGGGAGGAGGCAGCACAGGUGAUCCCACAGAGGCCAUUGGAAUCUUGCCUGUCCUACCCUUUCUGCCAACCCUAUUCUCUCAUUGACAGCCUCAGCACCGUGGGCUGGCAUCCCACAGCGUUUCCGAGAAAGCAGUCUGGGUGGUUAGUGAGCAGAUUAGCAAGAAAGCCGCAGGGCACAUGGUGGGGACCUUGCCGCCCACCAGCUCUCGGCCGGUGCUCACGUGGCCGGCCCAUCCCCAGCAGAUGCAGGAGAUCUGCCCCUGUGCGCUAUCAAGCCAGGACCUUUUUUUUCCCCUGACUUCCUGGCUCUUUUCUGGUACCCAGCAAGAUACCCCUUCCAGGGUUGCGUGGCAUCUUUCAAGCUCUGUUACUAUGGCAAUGGCUGCGAUGUUACAAUCCCACUUGCCUGGAUAAUCAAGUCGGAAAGGGAAGUGGAGGGAAACAGAGCCCAGUGGACACGGCUUCUCUGCCCCCCUCGCCUCCAGGAAGAACCGAAGGGAAGGAGUACAAGCUUCUGCAACUGUUUUUUCCAUCAGAGCUCCCUGCCCGCAGAUGCUGUCAGAGAGGCACGUGACACGGGAGCUGACGACGACGUACGGAAGUGCCAGCAGGUGACUGAGCAGGUGGAGCAGCCUGUGGGAGUCAGGCCUGGAGUUCUGAUUCUUUGUAUUUAUUCAUGUACUUUAUUCGGGUGACCCUGGUUAAUAAGUUCUAUAGGUUUCAGGUGCACCACUCUAUAACCCACCAUCUGUAUGCUGUAUUGAGUGUUCACCACCCCAAGUCAACCCUCCUCCCAUCCCCUCUUAUCCCCCCUUCACCUCCUUCUACCUGCCCCCACCCCUCCUCCCCUCUGGUCAUCACUGUACUGUUGUCUGUGUCUUUGAGCUGUUUCGUUGUUUUUGUUUUGCUUUGUUUUGCUUAAUCCUUUCACCUUUUGCACGCAGCUCCCCCAACCUUCCUCCUCUCUGACAGCUGUCGGCCUGUUCUCUGAGUCUGUUUCUAUGUCCUUUGUUUAUUUUCUUAACUCUGUGUGGCUUUGAGAAAUCCCUUCACCUUCCUGUAGCCAUCUCCAUGACAACGACACCUAGUGUAUUAUUUACUGGACCAGGAAAACUCACAAUGUGGAUUACUCGUGAAUACACCGGUGACUUAGUCCAUUACCCACAUGCCCCCCCCCACACACACAAUUCUCUGACAUUCUGCACGUAACAAGCCACGCCUCUGACACUGUGGAGAGUGUCACAUGCAGGGGACACUCGGGGUAAGGUGGGAUUUUAUGUAUUCAUCUCCUAUCCUCCAGGGAAAUUCCUGUCUAGAAACUCCCUUUGGGGUGGGAGGCUGUAACUUCUGCUCUAGGCCGGAAGAGUGGCCAGUGCCGGGUUUUCCAAAUGCCGAGCCAAACGUAUUCCUCAGCACAAGCCUGGAAGCAGCCAAGAGCCGCCACCGUCGGGAGACAAGAACAGUGCCGCUCUCCUUGACCCAUCUGGGCGCCUCAGCCCAUUUAUUAUGAGCGGGAUUCGUCGAGUGUCAGAGCGGAGCACCCUGCUCUUAAUAUUUUAUGGCUCGCUGACUCGAGUUCCACGAAGUCCUUGGAAACGGCCCUCUGAACGUGAAAUGUCUUGAGUGUAAUGCAUGUGAGGGACUGAGACGGCCAGCUCCGGGCCUGGAUAUAACAGACUCCUCCCGUUCCAAAGAGGCGCGCCCGAGAGGCACUGGACACCUCCGGGCUGCGGAGACCCGGGCCGG